UUGUGUUUUGCGUUUCGCGCUUUCGGCGUUGUAAAAAAUUGUAUUUCUACCUGAAGUAUAAGUAUUUUGAUUCAAAAUACCCUUUUUUUUACAUUUUAUUUUUGUCUGUAAAAUUACUUAUGUAAACAAGUCAUUACACAGUGUAUUGACGUACAAAAUGUUCAUAGAAAAAGUAUACGGUUUACAUGCGACAAACAUAAGUCUGAAUGAUCGUUUCACAAUGCUAGCGGCUGUAAUUCCAGAACGUUUGAUACGUACGAGGAAUCCACAGCCAAGGAGAAACAUCGGCAAUAUUUUAAAUCAAAACCUAAACUUUAAUGAUGGAGACCUCAUAGAACAGAUAGCUAGAAAGAUACAACAAGCCAAAAGGCAAGCUAUAAAACAACGUCUCAGACUAAAUAUACAAAGACAGCAGUUUAACAGUGAGAAUAACUUGCCCGGUCUGAGGCGUUCAAACAGCUUCAGCAGUUUGAAUCAGAGGCAAAAUAUUAAAAACAGAGUAUUCUGGCAACAGUCAAAUAAUAAUUUAAGUCGUUCUGCAUCAUUUAACAAUCUAUCACAAGGGAACAUGUAUGGACAAGUGUUCCGUCGUCGAGGGGGGAGAGUUGGCAACCAAAGAACAAGAUUACGUGGUGGUGGAAUGCAGUUUGGCAGAGUGAUGAGUCGAGCUGCCAACAAGCCACAGAUCCGCAAUCAAGUACACAAACAGAAUGGACGUCGAAGAUUGCAUGGACGAGGCAGAGGCGGUGUUACACGGAAUCAAGUGAAUGAAAAGAAAAUACCAACAAAAGAAGAGUUAGACGCUCAACUGGAUCAAUACAUGGCCAGCACAAAGUCUGCUCUUGAUAAAGAGUUGGAUGUAUAUAUGAAGAAUGCUAUGGAAAUGGAGUAGACAGUGAUAGUGUUUAGUGAAAGUGAAUAAUAAUAUGAUAAAAAACAUUAAAAAAAAACAUUGUUUUUCCACCAAAGAUACUGAACAAACAGUGUAAAGUGUGACAACUAACUCAAGUGUUUUUUUUUAUCUACUACCCACUUUUAUGUUAAAUAUCUGUUUUCAUUAUAGCAUUAGACAGUUUCUAGGUAAAUUUUUGUAUGCUAUUUUGUUAUAUUUUUCUAAAAUCUUAUUUGCUCCGAACAUCAAAUAAGACGGUGAGUAAAACACAAUGUUAAGGUAACUGGAUUAAAUAAAUGCGAGA